AGUUACCAAGAAAACCAUAACAAACUUUAAAAAUUACACUGCACUUCCCUUCCUCGGUUUAUUAUGAAUAAAGAACACAUGGGCUGGAUCUGAUCCGACUCAGUUUCAAAUAAUCUCUCUCCCCUUCUAACUAGUUUCGACUCGGUUUGCUGUUUCAAUUUCACGCAAAUCUCUCACUUCGUUGGAUCUCAUCGCCACACGGACAUAAAAAAGAGAUGGAGAAGUCUUGCACUCUUCUUGUGCAUUUUGAUAAAGGAACCCCAGCUAUAGCUACGGAGAUCAAAGAAGCACUUGAAGGCAGUGAUGUGCCAGCGAAGAUUGAUGCCAUGAAGAAGGCAGUUAGUCUUCUAUUGAAUGGGGAAACCUUACCACAGCUUUUUAUCACCAUAGUCAGAUAUGUCCUGCCAUCAGAAGACCACACGGUCCAGAAACUUUUGCUUUUGUAUCUGGAGAUUAUUGACAAGAAGGACCAGAAGGGUAGGGUGUUACCAGAGAUGAUUCUCAUUUGCCAAAACCUGAGGAACAAUCUGCAGCACCCCAAUGAAUACAUUCGAGGGGUGACACUGAGGUUUCUCUGUCGAUUGAAUGAGACAGAAAUAAUUGAGCCGCUUAUCCCCUCAGUCCUCCAGAAUCUUGAACACCGGCAUCCAUUCAUUAGGAGGAAUGCUAUCUUAGCUGUGAUGUCCAUUUAUAGGCUCCCUCAUGGUGAGCAGGUUUUGGUUGAUGCUCCUGAAAUGAUUGAGAAGGUUCUAUCAACAGAGCAGGAUCAAUCAGCAAAGAGGAAUGCAUUUCUCAUGCUAUUUAAUUGUGAUCAAAAUCGGGCCAUUAAUUACCUCUUGACCAAUGUUGAUAAGGUCUCUGAAUGGGGUGAACUGCUGCAGAUGGUUGUCCUAGAGUUGAUUCGGAAGGUGUGCAGAACGAAUCGGGGAGAAAAGGGAAAAUACAUUAAGAUCAUUAUAUCAUUGCUGAAUGCCCCUUCUAAUGCAGUUAUUUACGAGUGUGCUGGGACACUUGUUUCUCUGUCAUCUGCACCUACUGCUAUCAGAGCUGCUGCCAACACCUAUUGCCAGCUUCUUCUCUCACAGAGUGACAACAAUGUAAAGCUUAUUGUUCUUGAUCGUCUGAAUGAGCUCAAGUCUUCUCAUAGAGAGAUCAUGGUUGACAGGAUAAUGGAUGUGCUUAGGGCACUAUCCAGCCCGAAUCUUGACAUUCAGAGAAAGACCCUAGAUAUUGUCCUUGAGUUGAUCACCCUGAGGAACAUCAAUGAGGUUGUUCUCAUGCUGAAGAAGGAAGUUAUGAAGACUCAAAAUGGAGAGCUUGAGAAGAAUGGCGAGUACAGGCAGAUGCUCAUCCAAGCCAUCCAUUCUUGUGCCAUCAAGUUCCCAGAGGUGGCAAGCACAGUGGUUCACCUGUUGAUGGAUUUCCUGGGUGACAGUAAUGUUGCUUCAGCUAUUGAUGUGGCAAUAUUUAUCCGGGAGAUAAUUGAGACAAAUCCAAAACUGAGGGUUUCAAUUAUAACAAGACUGUUAGACACUUUCUACCAGAUACGAGCUGCAAGGGUUUGCUGCUGUGCUCUCUGGAUUAUUGGCGAGUAUUGCCUAUCCCUCUCUGAAGUUGAAAGUGGUAUUGCAACUAUCAAGCAAUGCCUGGGAGAGCUACCAUUUUUUUCAGUUUCAGAAGAAGGGGAAGCACCCACUGAUGCUUCUAAGAACUCUCAACAACCAAGUUCUGUUACUGUUUCUUCUAGAAGACCUGCCAUUCUUUCUGAUGGGACUUAUGCAACACAGAGUGCUGCUUCUGAAACUGCCUUUUCACCUCCAAGCAUUGUUCAGGGUUCAUUGGCUGUUGGGAACUUGAGAUCCCUUCUUCUUACUGGUGAUUUUUUCCUUGGAGCAGUUGUGGCGUGCACUUUGACAAAGCUUGCUCUGAGAUUGGAAGAGGUGCAGCCUUCUAGGGGUGAAGUAAACAAAGUAUCCACACAGGCAUUGUUGAUCAUGGUCUCUAUGAUACAACUUGGGCAAUCACCAGUCCUGUCACACCCAAUUGACUGUGACUCUUAUGAUAGGAUUGUCCUUUGCAUAAGAUUACUAUGCAGUACAGGUGACGAGGUCAGGAAGAUAUGGCUGCAGUCAUGCCGUCAGAGUUUUGUCAAAAUGCUUUCAGAGAAACAGUUGAGGGAAACUGAGGAACUAAAGGCAAAGGCUCAGGUUUCUUAUGCGCAGCCAGAUGACCUCAUUGAUUUCUACCAUUUGAAGAGCAGAAAGGGUAUGAGUCAACUGGAGUUGGAAGAUGAAGUUCAAGAUGAUUUGAAGCGAGCAACUGGGGAGUUCAUCAAGGAUGGGGAUGAUGCAAAUAAGCUUAAUCGCAUCCUUCAGCUCACAGGAUUUAGUGACCCUGUUUAUGCUGAAGCUUAUGUGACAGUUCAUCACUAUGACAUUGUGCUUGAUGUCACAGUGAUCAACAGGACAACAGAAACUCUCCAGAAUUUGUGCUUGGAACUUGCCACAAUGGGUGAUCUGAAACUGGUGGAGCGGCCCCAGAACUACACCCUAGCUCCCGAGUCUAGUAGGCAGAUAAAGGCCAACAUCAAGGUGUCCUCAACAGAGACGGGAGUGAUUUUUGGCAAUAUUGUGUAUGAGGCGUCCAAUGUACUUGAGCGGACAGUUGUUGUCCUUAAUGACAUCCAUAUUGAUAUCAUGGAUUACAUCUCUCCUGCGGUUUGCACAGAUGCAGCUUUCAGGUCAAUGUGGGCAGAGUUUGAAUGGGAAAACAAGGUCGCUGUGAACACAAUAAUCCAAAGCGAGAAGGAUUUUCUGGACCACAUCAUCAAGUCUACCAAUAUGAAGUGUCUCACUGCACCGUCCGCACUGGAUGGUGACUGCGGUUUCCUGGCUGCAAAUUUGUAUGCCAAGAGUGUUUUUGGUGAGGACGCUCUUGUUAACGUGAGCAUCGAGAAGCAAUUGGAUGGGAAGCUUAGCGGGUACAUCCGUAUAAGGAGCAAGACCCAGGGAAUAGCCCUCAGCUUAGGGGAUAAGAUCACUCUCAAGCAGAAGGGAGGCAGUUGACGCAGAGCACGGGUACACUCUGUUUCUGUUCAGACCUGUAGCCAUUUUGUUUAAAAGCCAUAUUUCACAUGGCGCUUUUUAUAUUUGAGUUGUAGAGGAGCAGCAACACUCAAAUACUGGUCAACUUUUUUGUUUUGGUUAUGUAUUCUUUUUUCCUUCAAGAAAUUGGUAAUGUAAUCAUGGAUUUGGUGGAGCUAUGCGAUGAGAGGGUACAUAAUGCCCAUUCCGGGCAGAUUAUUUUUUUCCGCUACUAUUCUUUGAGAAAUCUAAAGAGAUUUAUUAUGUCCA